AAUGGUUAAGACCUCUUAUCUGAAUUGAUCAGACAUUUGCCUCUGAAUAGUUAAGCAAUAUACUAGCUCUUAAUGGUUCAGACCUCUUACUGGUUCAGCACUUAAUGGUUCAGACCUCUUACUGGUUCAACACUACCUAUUCAGAAGUUGCUAAACAGCCCCUAAAUGUGGGGAGCUUGCUUGAUUUUUACUUUCAAAUAUUGGAAGUUUUUUUCUUUUAAAUGGGGCAAAUGUUGGGUAGAGGUAGGUUAGGGAAAGCGACACAGGGCAGUUUUAGAGUAGAUGAUUAAUGACAGACGAUAGAUCUCUCCCAUCUCUACCCGCCAUGGUUGAAUUUUCUCUGCACCAAAAGUUUCCAAGAAACCCGGCAUGCAUCAAGUUUGUGCACAAUGUGCAGUUCAGCCAUGGCCAUGGCAGCUAAUGAAGAAGAAGAAGACAAAGUUACUUAUAGGUGGCGCAGUGAGUCUUCUUGCUCUCACCAGAAGAAGAAUUUCAGAUGCCAUGGUCGAGAAAACAGGGAAUGAAUGGACAGCUUUGGCGCACAUAAUAACAGCAGUGAUAGGGUCAGGUGUUCUUUCCUUGGCAUGGAGCAUGUCAAAGCUGGGAUGGAUUGCCGGUCCGAUAACAAUGCUGUGUUUUGCUGUGGUCACUCUCACCAGUGCUCUUCUUCUCUCCAAUUGCCACCGAUCCACUGAUUCUGACCUCCACACCCAUGGCUCUUACCUUGAUGCUGUCUGCUCUGUCCUAGGAAAUAGAAGUGCCUGGUUUUGCGGCAUCAUUGUUGGGAUCAAUUUCAUCAAGCUUGGAAUUGUGUACACAAUCACUUCUGCCAUUAGCGUCAGGUCUGUAAACAACUGAGAAUGAUUCUUCACCCUUGGACUAUUAGAUAUUCUGCCAUUGGAUGAAGAGCUUCUUGAUUGCAGAGCAAUUCAAAAAGCAAACUGUUUUCAUUAUGAAGGCCAUGAGGCUACUUGUGGGUAUUCAAACACGAAAUAUAUGAUUAUAUUUGGAUCAAUCCAAGCACUGGUGUCUCAAAUUCCAGACUUUCGCAACACGCAAUGGCUCUCCAUUGUUGCUGCAGUCAUGUCUUUCACAUAUUCAUUCAUUGGAUCAGGACUCAGCUUAGCUAAAGUAAUAGGUAGUAAUUAACCGCACUUCGAAAUACUUUAUUGUUGAUGGAGUUGAUCCAACAUACCCAAGAAUCCACUUCCUGAAAUGGAAUUUGCAGGUAAUGGAGAAAUAAAGGGUAGCAUUGGAGGGUUGCCUUCUCCUAAUCUAGGCAAAAAACUAUGGUCGGUUUCAGAAGCACUUGGAAACAUUGCCUUUGCCUUCCCAUUCUCUGUCAUUUUUCUAGAGAUACAGGAUACGUUGAAAGAGCCUUCAGAAAAGGCGACCAUGAAGAAGGCCUCAAUAAUGGCAGUCUGCACCACCACAUUUUUCUACCUGUGUUGCGGAGGAUUGGGUUAUGCAGCAUUUGGCAAUGCAGCGCCCGGGAACCUCUUAACGGGAUUUGGUUUUUACGAGCCUUAUUGGCUCGUCGACUUUGCUAAUGCAUGUGUUGCUCUUCACCUUGUUGGAGGAUAUCAGGUACUAAGGUGAAAGUUUGGUAAAUGGUAAGUCACAAUCAACGUAUAUCUAAUGAAACCCGGUAAAAUCCCACACAAAAUAAGGUCUGGGGAGGGUGAGUAUACGCAAAACUUAACCCUACUUAGAGGUAGAGAGGCCGUUUCCAAGAGAACCCCGAUUCAAAUCUUGUUUAAACAACUCCAUCCAACGCUUCCUAGGUUUACCUCUACCCAUCUGCACUGUACCAAAAUACAACUACACUCUUACAUUCCCACCAGCAAUACACAGGUCUAGAAGAUAUUUAGAUCUGAUCGGAAUGAUGAUAUUCGCAGGUGUUCAGCCAGCCAUUGUAUGCAAAUGUGGAGAGAUGGCUCGGGAAGAAAUACCCAGAGAGUCAAUUUGUACAGAGGAACUAUGUUCUAAAACUAAACUACUUUCCAGCAUUGCAGUUUAACUUCAUGAGAGUGGUUUUCAGAACUGCAUAUGUUGCUGCAAUAACUGGGAUUGCGAUACUGUUCCCUUACUUCAACCAGGUUGUGGGGGUAGCAGGAGCAGUCAACUUUUGGCCUAUAGUCGUGUACUUCCCUGUUGAGAUGUACCUAAAGCAGAAAGAGAUUGAAUUUUGGACAUGCAAGAAGACCGCUCUUCGUAUAUACACAUACCUAUGCUUGGUUAUCAUCCUAUUUGCCUUUGUUGGUUCCAUCCGAGGAUUGAUCCUUGCCAGGUUCAGCUAGGAGGUCACUACUUGGUCACAUCUACUUCCUAGUAAGAGUAAAGUUUGCAUACACACAUCCUCUUACCGUAUUUUUGUGGAAUUUUACUGGGUUUGUUGCUAUUAUAGUUACACAUUUACGCUUUUCAUUGUGUGACAAUGUGUUGACUAUAAAUGUAAUACAUAGUUUUUUUAACGUGGAAUUCCGAUUUUGCUUUCGUUGAACAUACAUAGUAUGAGUUUUUUUUUCUUUGAUGAACUGCUGUAACAUAUAAUUGACUGAAAACUCAAAUUACAUUUUAUAAUACAUUGUAUGAGGUUGU